AUGAAAGACCGCGAUCUGGUCUUACAAGUCCUAGGACCGACUGGUUCAGGUCCGAGUAGGACCAGUAGGACUGAUGACCAUCUUUACCCUAAAAUCUUAAAUGAAUGGAUUAUAAAAGGAGACCCUGUACCUAAUUCUAAAGGAUACUACUCAGCAACUUGUUCAUUUUGUGAAUUUUAUUGGAUCACAGCUAAAGUGGCAAAACUUAAAAGACAUCUUGCUUAUGAUUGUAACAAGAUUGAUUCUGAAACAAAAAUCAAUGUCUUAAUGAUGUUAACAAGUAAUGAAAAUUCAGAGAAUGGUAGUACUAUAACAUCAACCACUAAAUCUAGUAAGAAACAAAAAUCAAGUGAUACUAGAUCACAGACUUAG